CAUAGCCUCUAUUUGGUUGUGUUUAUGGUUUUAUGGUUCCACCCUUAAGGUAGAGUACCCAUUAGCAUUUCAGAAAAUGAAUUGCUUCAAAGCACCACUCAUAUUAAUCAUGUUCAUCAUGGUUUUCUCCAUAUCUUGGGACUUAGUUUUUUCUCAAACCACCAUCAACAAGUGUAUCCUGGAUAUUAACAUUUCCUCAUCAUCAUCACCGGGGGAGACCUGUACAACUUUAGACAGCAAUUGGGAUGGUUUUUUAACUCAACCUUGUUGUGGAUUACCUUUCAACAGAUAUUUACGCUCAUUGUCGCUUUGGACCAACCAAACAAGACUUAUUUUUCUCAAUUCCACACAACAGAUGGACUGCUUAACUUUGAUGAAUAACAAUAGUACUGAUAAUUUUAGCUGUGGCAUUGAAAAGUUGACAAGUGGUGCAGGAGGCUGCUCUGAUUAUUCAGAUGUCGAUGUUGUGAACGAGUUAGGAAGCAAAUUGAAAAGUCUAAGAGAUGACUGUAAGCUAAUGGAUCCAGAAGGAGGAUGCAAUCAGUGUUUGAGGACAUGGAGAGAAAUAGCUUCCAUGUCGAAAUAUGAUUCAAUGAAACUUGAAGAUGACAUUUGUAGAUUUAGUGUGCUGAUUUUGUUAACAAGCCAAAGAGUUUCUGAUGAGGGUUGGAUUGACAAAAUCUUUCAUUGCCUAGGAGAUAAUUCUCUCCCUUUAGCAUCUUUUGCAGAUGAGAGUGGAAAUGAAACUAGACGUAGAACUAAGUUUAAAACUGAUCUUUGGAUUCUAAUUGGUGGUAUAGUGGGGCUUGUGGUAAUAAUAAUCGUUGCGUUGUUGAUCUUACUGAAAAGGAAGACUGAAGUUAAACCAUCAAGUGGAAGAUAUAUAUCAGAUGAAUCCGGAGAAUCAAGUUAUCGUGGACUAUCCCUUAAAGAAAUUUACUCCGCGACUGACAAUCUUAACAUGUCUAACUUCAUAGGUCAAGGCAUAGCUGGAAAAGUAUACAAAGGCAUUCUGGCAGACAGACAACAUGUGGCAAUUAAGCACAUAAUUAAGGAUGAACAGAUGGAAACAUUUGUUAGAGAAGUUACAAGUCUCUCGCAUAUCAAACAUCCGAACCUUGUAUCCUUGCUAGGCCACUAUGAUGGACCAAACGAGUGUUUUCUAGUUUAUGAGCUAUGCCACAAUGGAAAUCUUUCCGAAUGGCUAUUUGGUAAAAGUAAAUAUCUCUCGUGGAGACGAAGACUAGAAAUUGCUCUUGAUUGUGCCCGCGGUCUCCUCUUUCUCCACUUGUAUCCUCAAGGAUCAAUUGUUCACCGGGAUAUCAAGCCAGCAAACAUUCUUCUAUCUGCGAGCUUUGAAGCCAAACUCUCAGACUUUGGUUUGUCCAAAAUUAUUAACAUUGGCCACUCAUAUGCUAGCUCCGAAGUGAGAGGAACCUUUGGUUAUGUUGAUCCUGAGUACCAAAAGAACCGGCACGUUAAUUCUUAUGGUGAUGUCUAUAGCUUUGGGAUAGUGCUACUACAGCUUUUAUCUGGACAAAGGGUUAUCAACUUGGAUUUGAACAAUCCAAUGCCUCUAAGUAAAAUGGUAUACGUACUAACUCCAUUUUCUCUUGCAUUCUUUUCAAGUUCUUUUUUUUAACGCCCCUUUUUCGAAUCAUAG